AUGCUUGUUGUUAUUCUGCAGGGUCUGGCAAGUUUCUUAUCAAUCAUUGCCAUACUCUACCAAAAGCGCUAUAACAAACUCCAUCGAUCCAUCUAUGGUUUGUCAUAUGACUUGUAUCUACUAGAUUUUGUCGGUAAUGGUCUGUAUUUGUAUUGUGCUUUACACUAUCGUUAUUCACCUCUUGUAAGAGAGCAGCUAUCCAAAAGGUUCCCACUUUUUUAUUCAUUGAAUGAUGUCAAUAGCAUACCUAUAUCCAGGUUCCUCAUUUUGAAGGAUUUUUGUGUUUUUGUUUGCUGCUUAAUGAUUCUGAAGCAACUGUACUAUUAUAGACCAACUAAACAUAUUUACCAGGGCAUUUCAAUUACUUCUACCCUGUUUUUAAGUGCCUUCCUUAUUUUAGGCAUACUAACAUAUGGAUGUUCUAUCUACAAUUUACCGCUGAAGAAUUCAGGUAAAUUCGGUGUUUUUUAUCUGGACCACAUAAAUUAUCUAUGGGUGAUGGCAAAUUUGGUUAAAAGUUUCAAGUACGUUCCUCAAAUGAGUAUUAAUUGGAUGGGGUGCUCAACAGUGGGGCUGUCCUCAAAGUUUGUUCUGAUAUCAUUUUUUGCGGAAUUUAUCGAUUUUCUAGGUAGAUUGAUAAUACCGACUAGCGCUCUAUUUUAUGAAAUUCCCUUCAAUUCAACGCCUUUUUGGGUAAAAUUGAUACAAUUUGUCACUUUAUUGAUUAUACUUUGCCAAGUCCAAUAUGUUUACGUAGGAAGGAAACCACGGUUACCAAAAGGGAAACUAUAA